AGCAUGAUAACGGCCCGAGGUCCAUGAUAACGGCCCGAGGUCCCACCAUGCCGGGUUUGGCGGCCACAAACUGGCUGGCUGUACACAUGUGGACGCUUCUGGAUCUCUGGUGACGGGAUGGCCCAGUCGGCUACCAAUUUCGUGAACUUGGCCCGCUUCCUGAGAGACGAAGAUAACUGACAGCAGGUGAUCGAAGAUCGAAGUGAUUGAGCCGUGUAUACGAGAGAAUCAACUUGUGGAGACAUGCUGUGUCGGUGUGCUGAGUGAGAUACGGAUUCUCCGAAAUCAAACUGCGGCUAUCCUGCUGCUGGAUCUGUACGCGCACGGUCAACUGUGAGAACCCUCAGCGGCUAAGAAGAAUCUAAUAGCGGCUGUGGCCGAGGCCUUCCACCACUUCAAGUCUACAAGCUUCUUCCGUCGCACCUCAUCAUGGCGCUCCAGUGCAGUGAAUGCGUUAGGCUGGCGUUUAUGGUUCUGACCGUGAUGACGACGACCUCCGGCCUUGUGCUGCUGGCUGUGGGGAUCACAGCCCUCGCCAAGGACGACUGGCAGCUGAUAAAGCUGCUCGACACCGCACUCUGCCCGGCCGUAGGAGGCGUGCUGACCGCUGUCGGAGGCCUGGUGACCCUCCUCGGGGUCCUGGCUGCCUGCGCCGUGAAGUUCGAGGACCGUCGCCUGCUCACCGUCUUCUUCUGGGUGACGCUGAGUCUUCUGGUGGUCUCCGGCAUUGCACUGGUGGUGGGUUUCGGGGUCGGCGCGCAGACCGCCCUGCAGGACGUCCAAAGGCAGCUGUUCGCCUCCACCAAGAGGUACAACAGUGACUUUGAGACGCGCCGUCUGUGGGACGAACUACAGAAAGAGUCGCAGUGCUGCGGCGUCGAGAGCGGGUUCGACUGGUCACCCGUGAUGGGCAUAAACCAGGUGCCCAGCUCGUGCUGUCUCAGCCUGCCGGGCACGGGUCAGUGCACGGCCACGAAGGGCGCGUACAACGCCGGCUGUGAGCGGAAGGUAUCGGAAGCGGCCGCGGCGUUCAGUGCCGUCACGGGCGCCACAAGUGCCGCAGUGGCCGUACUCCUGCUGGUCGCCAUGGUAACGUCAUACGCGCUUAUCAAAGACUCGGAAGGUGGAAGUCAGUAUUCGGUGCUCGGCUGUUCAGGAUGAUCAGCUUGAGAUGAAAAGGAGUGACAGUGUGCCUUGUAAAUUGAUUGACUGUUGUGCUUUCAUUUGCGUUUAUGUAAGGUAAAUAAUCGAUGCCAAGACGGCUGUUUGCUGCUUUAUAUACCUACCUACCUACUGAAGUACCCAUGCCUAUGUCAAAUAAAGGCCUAUGUGGACA